GCUCGGGUAUUGAAUCAGAAAGGAUUGCCCAUGGAGACAAAAUUACAGCAAUGAAUUGUAUUGUCAGCUUGGUCCUCGUUUUUUGUGCGGUUUCACUGCAGGGAGAAGAAAUAUACGAAGGCGAUCUGAUCCUUCCGAAAGACGAAUACCUAAGUUUAAAGGAAGGAAGUUUGUCACGGGGAUUUUUGUCAGGAAAUCCCUGGCCAAAUGGCGUGAUUCCGUAUGUUUUCGACUCCAGGAUUGCUGCUAGUUCUAAAGCAAAGAGAGAAAUACUCAAUGCUAUGAACGAAUGGAUGUCCAAGACCUGCAUUAAGUUUGUACCCAAAAAAUCGACUGAUAAAUCUUUUAUUACAUACGUAAAAGAUGACAACAAUAGGUGUGCGUCAUAUGGUGUUGGACAUUACAACAGCUAUAAUUACAAAGUGGUGUUAGCCGAGAGGUGCUGGUACCAAGGAAUGAUCGUACAUGAAUUAGGUCACGUUAUAGGAUUCAAACACGAGCAGAAUCGCCCUGACAGAGAUAAUUACGUGACUAUWAAGUGGGAAAAUAUCAAAGAUGGAAGAGACCGCGACUUCACAAAAUACAAUUCCGCUGACCGGCUAUCUUACAUCACGCCCUACGACUAUGAGAGCAUAAUGCAUUAUGGUCCUGGUUUUGCAUCGAAGAACGGUGAAGACACAAUCGUGGCUAAACGAUCAGGAGUUACAAUGGGUGACUGGAAAUACCUAACACAAAUKGACGUUAUGCAGCUACAAAUUCGCUACAAUUGUCCAGGAAAAUUUGAAUUUCAUAAAAUCGUGUGUGARGACAAUGCCGRCAAAAUCGAAUGUUUUGGUGGCCGUAAAAUCAAGAUGGUUUAUGCUGACUUUGGGAGGCAAAACAUGCUGAAAUGUUCGUUCUUUCCUUGGACGCUAUGCAGUUCAAAUCAGAUAAGCAAGAUGAGGGCAUUGUGUGACGGAAAAUCGCGUUGUGAUUUCACRGCAUCCAGCUCUUUCUUUGGUGGAGAUCCAUGUCGMUUGGCGUCCAAGUACCUCGAAGUCAAAUACAAAUGUACACCUUGAACACAAACCCAAAUAAAGCAAUAAUGUAAAGAAGUAUUA